AUGGAGGGGGAAAAGCAGCAACAGCAUAAAAUAGAAGAUGCUGAUAUAGCAUUCGUAACUGAAAAUAAAGAAAAAAUCAAACAUGAAAAACAUCCUGGGAAAAGCACACAGCACUCAAUAUCCUGUGUGGACAGAAGACGCGUGUAUUAUGCUAAAUUCAUAAACUCAAACUCAAGGACAUACAAUGAACCAGUUCCCUACAUUGAUAAUAAAGGACCAGAGAAGGAGGGAAAAUGGUGGUUACAUAGGGAAGCACCGAAACCAGUCUCCCAACCAUCUUAUGACACCAAGAGCACCCAGCGAAGUGACUACCAAAAGCCAGCGUGCCCGCUGGUUUCGCCAGUCAGACAUGCCAGGACGCGAAAGGCUUCUUGUGGGAUAGUUCCGCUUACUUAUCUGGAUGCAUCAGGAGAACAUGAAGACAAUUUUGUAGAAUAUAUCUCCUUUGUACAUCAAUAUGAUGCCAGGAAAACUCCCUGUGAGCCCAUUCGGGGAAAGAGACAUGGAACCUUCAUGCAGAGACAGAUAAAGCCAGUAACUUUGCCAGUAGCUUCUAAGGAACCAGAGGAAUUAUUGAACACUUCAGGGUCAGGUUCAUCAGAACAACCAAAAAAUACAGACAAAGGAAAUUCAUCAGGAGAUAAAGUGACUUCACUGGUCCCGUACCAACAGAAUUCCCAAGAACUGCUGGGGACUCUGAACAGUUUAUCAGAACCAGAGGCAGCCCGGCCCAGCACGCCCAGAAGCCUGGGGAUGGGUGAGGACUGCAUGUUUCUCUCAACUGUAGGGCAAGCUCUUCUCACCAGGCAUGCGCCUUUAAACCCGCUAAUAAAAAAGUCAGGAUAACUUCCGGUGUGCAGUUAAGAGUGUAAUCCCUGGGAUGCAGGCAGAUUUCCUCAGUGCCUUGUGGACACUUGGCACUGGCGGCGUCAGCGUGGUGGCUGUUGUUGCUGUUCCUGUUAUCAGUGACCUCAGAAGACAGAAUUUACAUAAACAGAGGAAAUGGUGGAACAGAUUAAACAAUAACACCCAAAUUUUAAGCCCAGUGAGUGACAGAUUAUGAAACACUUUAUUUAUAAACAAAACAAUUUACAGAAAAAAGCUCUUAAAGGAGAGGCCCAGUUUACACAAUCAGCUACAGCCCUGGAAUCAGACAAACUGGUAGGAAUGUUGACUACACUUCAUCAAAGUUGUGUGAUCUUGGAUAGGUUACGUAGCCUGUCUGGAUGUCAUAAAAUUAUUAAGUGUGAGAUCGUACGCAUUGAUCAGUCAAUGAUCAUUGUGAUCUCGUUGUUAUUAUUACUUAAAAUUUCAAUUGAAGGAAAAUUUGCUAUAAAUUUUAAGUCAUCUUUCUUAUUCUAACACUUAGACUCCUCUCUACACAAUUGAGGAUGUGAAAAUCAAAAGCACACACAUACAAAUCAAAAACUCAUGAGUACUUAGGAGACCAAAGAUCUCCUAAACAUUAUUUUAGCGUCAUCAUUCACCACAUUAGCUUGGUUUGCUUUCAGAUGAUUUGAUAAAGAUUGCUUCUACAACUCUUCUGAUUUGUUGUUUAAUGGGUCGUGAUAUACACAGGCUGUUUUGUAUGCAUGCAUAGUCGGGUUGAAGCAUGUUGGAGUGUACACAAGCAGAAGCAGGUGAACUUUUCCUGUGCCACGGACUAACGUUAAAUCUUUAUUCCUCCAUCCCGUCCCACUAGGGGGUUUUAAUAAACUACAGAUAGUAAGUGCCAUAUUUGCGUGUUGGUGUUUUCUGACCUCUGUGUCAUAGUGGAUUAAUAUUGAUGGUGAAUUGUAUUGCUGCCAAAAUUCGGUGUAAAAUAAACAAUCAAAUAUAGACAAUAAUAAAAGAGAGAA